GCCAUUCAGAAAGAUUUGAGAUUACCAACCAUGAAGCUGUUUGCACUGUGCUGCCUCCUGAUUUUGGGCCUUCUGGGUUGCCUGCCCGCUCCCUCCGCCGGAUUGCCAUCCCGUCACUCUGGACCAGGAAACGGAGCUCCUGGUAAUCCCUUCAGGAAUCCACCCCCAAGACAGCCAAAACCGUUCUACUACGACUCACCUGUCGGUUCCCGGCCCAAAACCAUGUACGCUUAAGCGAUAACAUUGUGGUGUAACAAUAAAGUACUUGAAUUUGCUAAACGAA